AUGCCAUUUGUAGGCGUGGGAUCGACUCGGCUGAUUGCACGCCAGCAGAGGGAGCCGCAGAGGGUGGGCGGUCCAACGACACUGCUGGGGGGAGGUCACGGGGAGCACGCCAGCCGCAGUGGUACUUCUGACGCAGUCCAGCUUGGGGAGAGUGAUGACCGCCGCGGGGAAGAGUUGCGAAUGCUGGCACUUCUAAAAGAGCAGGAGCAGCGUCGAAUAGCCCGCCGAGAGGCUUUUUUGAAAUGGCAGGCGGGACAACGCGAAAAGGGCGCAGCACACCGUUUGGUGCGCCAGGCAAAGACGCAAGAAAAGUUCAAGCGACACCACUACCACGCUCAGAGCGGGAGGUUGAUUUCUGUUGCUCUCUCUCAGAGUGGAGGCAGCAGCAACAGCGACGGCGAAAGCUCGGGUGGCGUCAUGGAUUUUGCGUCUUCGCACCUGCAUGAAAGCGAGCGAGGACGUGCGACAAACUUUUUGCUUCAUUGCGGCGGCCGUACUGACGGAAGAUCCACUCACGAGCGCUGA